GCCCCGCCGCGGGAGGGGGCGCGCGGCCGCGGGCGGCGGGAGGAGGGGAGUGGCGCAGACAAAGAGCGGCGCCGCCUCGGGUGGGGAGCGCGGCCGCCGCCGGGACCCCCGCGCGCCGGCUCUGCGUGUGGCGCCGGCGUCUUCCGCACCCUCGGCGGCCGGGCCCUGCCCCAUCCGAAGAUUUCAUAUGUUCCUUUUGUACAACUUAUUUUCAAGAUCAUAAUCUCUUCUGAGAUUUGAGUUGGAUUUGAGAACUUUUUGAGAAUUCCUGCACCUUUGUAACGCAAAAGGUGUAAUCAGCUGAAAAAUUAACCUUUUUGAAGAGUUCUGCAUUUUGCCAGUCAGCUCUUGUAACCGUGUGCCAAAGGAUCCCUGGACCAGGUGUGGUGUGCAGUGACAGCCUGUGGGUGUGAGAAAACACCAGCCCAGGAACACGCCCCCUGUGCUUUAAACGAGAGCGCUGCUUCGGCUGAGGUUGCAAAAUUAGGAAAGAUGGAAUGUGUUUUUUCUUGACCUCCCUCCUCCAGGAGAACAAAGAGGAUAUUUCCGCUGAAAGGACUCCAUGAAAGAUGACAGAAGAAGUUAUUGUUAUAGCAAAGUGGGAUUACACUGCCCAACAGGAUCAGGAACUUGACAUCAAGAAGAAUGAGCGCCUGUGGCUGCUGGAUGACUCCAAGACGUGGUGGCGGGUGCGGAACGCGGCCAACAGGACGGGCUACGUGCCGUCCAAUUACGUGGAGAGAAAGAACAGCUUGAAGAAGGGCUCCCUCGUUAAAAAUCUUAAAGACACACUAGGCCUGGGGAAAACCAAGAGGAAGACGAGCGCCCGGGACGCGUCGCCCACGCCCAGCACGGACGCCGAGUACCCGGCCAACGGCGGCGGCGCCGACCGCAUCUACGACCUCAGCAUCCCCGCCUACGUCAAGUUCGCGUACCUGGCCGAGCGGGAGGACGAGCUGUCCCUGGUGAAGGGCUCCCGCGUGGUCGUCAUGGAGAAGUGCAGCGACGGCUGGUGGCGGGGCAGCUACAACGGGCAGAUCGGCUGGUUUCCCUCCAACUACGUCCUGGAGGAGGCGGACGAGGCCACGGCCGACUCGCCGAGCUUCCCGGGCCUGCGGAGGGGCGCGGCGCUGAGCAACGGGCAGGGCGCGCGCGUGCUCCACGUGGUGCAGACCCUGUACCCGUUCAGCUCCGUCACGGAGGAGGAGCUCAAUUUCGAGAAGGGGGAGACGAUGGAGGUGAUCGAGAAGCCCGAGAACGACCCCGAAUGGUGGAAAUGUAAAAACGCCCGGGGGCAGAUCGGCCUGGUUCCCAAGAACUACGUGGUGGUCCUAAGCGACGGGCCGGCCCUGCGCCCCGCCCACGCCCCCCAGAUAAGCUACACCGGACCCUCGGUGACGGGCCGGUUCGCGGGCCGAGAGUGGUACUACGGGAACGUCACGCGCCACCAGGCCGAGUGCGCCCUGAACGAGCGCGGCGUGGAAGGGGACUUCCUCAUCAGAGACAGCGAGUCCUCGCCCAGCGACUUCUCCGUAUCUCUCAAAGCAUCAGGGAAGAACAAACAUUUCAAGGUGCAGCUCGUGGACAAUGUCUACUGUAUCGGGCAGCGGCGAUUUCACACCAUGGAUGAGUUGGUAGAACACUACAAAAAGGCCCCCAUCUUCACCAGUGAACACGGGGAAAAGUUAUAUCUCGUCAAGGCGCUUCAGUGACGGUGAAGGCCGCUCGGCAUCCCUGCCACCGCCCUCCUCCAACUGCAGGCCUUAGGUCCACACUCACUCUCACAGAGCGGAGCUGAUCUACCUGAAAAAGAAGUCUUAAGUACGGCUCCCCCUGCAGAAGGUUUUGCUCUGUCUAGUGGUUCAUCCUUUAUUGGGUUCUUUUGCCUAGUUUAUCUCUUUAUUGAGUUCUGUUUGUUUUCAGUUGGCUCUUCCCGCAGGUUUCGAACGUAAGCAGCCAUCCCCAGCACUCACCCUACGCUCAACUCCAGCCCCACUUCCUGCCAGUUUCACAGAAUUUGGAGAUGGAAGAAGGGCGAGUCUAUCUGUCUUGUUCUUUCUCAAUUGGAAAUGGUGUUAAUCUGUUCAAAUUGUUUAUGCUAACAGAACCCUUUAUUAAAAAGACACCGGGCACGGUUUGAAUGCACUGAAGCUGCAGUUAAUUGAGUGAAAGAUAAAAGAUAGUACACCCCAAAAGUUUUGGCUGCAAGUUCUGGGGCUCUUUUGCUCACCAGGUGGCGUACAGGAAGUUCCUAGAUCCUAGAAGCACUUUUUCCGAUGCCCUCGGCUUGCACGUUGCUUCCCAGACUGUCCAGAGUGAAUGCAUUUGGUGGCAGAGCUUCCUGAAACACCAGGCGAGAGUGGAGUAAAGGAUAUCCGUCCAGGGCCUUUGGAGCUGUGCUUGCAAUAAAGAAUUUCCUUGGAAAAUAGUCUCCCAAAAAGGGAAUCGGCAACUCAUAGAGGCAGAAUGUUUUGGUAAUUAACCCCUCAAGCGUGCCAUCCACAUAAUGCUUUUUCCUCUUGCCCUUCUGCGUGUUUGAAUUUCACAGUUAUGUUUUGAAUUCUCAAAGUAAUAUAUAUCUGUAGCUGUUUGUUGACACUAAUACAGAAGAUUAAGGAAAACAACUGAUCUUUGGGGAAGGGGAGCUACCAACACUUUACUUUUAUGUACACACACACACAGUAUAUAUAUAUAUAUGUGUAUAUAUAUAUUAUUUGCUUUACAGGGAUAUUUUUCAGGGUUUACAAAAGAAUAUGUGAUUGGUAGUAAGAGACACACAGAAUGUUUAUGAAGAAAUUGCAUUUUCUUUUUUUCUUUACAUAUAAACUUCCUUAUAGUUUAAAUAUACAGUCUUGAGAUGGCACAUUCCUAAGAUUGCAGAAGGUGUCUGGAGAUCCCCUAUACUUGCAUACCCAGUUUUUUGGAUAUUGUAAUAAAAAAAAAAGUAUUAUGACAAGAUUGUUGCGUGUUUAUCUUUGGCAUUACUCUCACCCAGUUAUGGGAGAGUAAUCACGAAAUAGCAUUUACUGAAUACUCUAUGCCUGAAGGGAAGAGUUGUAGAGAGGACCUUAACAAAUUUAUUACUUGUGUGUUUUCUUUUUCUACCACCACAUUUUGUAUAUUGAAAUAAUAAAUUUUAAUUAGCAAAACUCCAAGA